UUUGUCAAAACUAUAGCGCUGAUAAGAGUCUGCUUGUCAGUCACAGACAUUCAAAAAGUUCCUGACUCCAUACAAUGUUGUACUUACAAUCAAUUAUUUUCUUCUGCUUGUUGUUGUAUAGUAAUUGCUUGAAUAUUUUGGUUUAUGCACCCGCGUUUGCUGCUAGUCACAGUAAAUUUCUUGGGAAGCUUGCUGAUACAUUGACAGAAAGAGGCCAUAAUGUGACCUAUUUGAUGCCAGUUGUCAACAUAGCAAAACGAGAUGAGUGUAAGGGAGUGAAGAUCACAAAGGAUGUGGUUAUUGUUGAGGCAGGUGAGAAAAUGCUGUCUCAAAAACAAGCCGACACUCCGAAUGAUGAGAUCCUCGACGUUUGGUGGACUGUUCAAAUGGAUUCCUCAAAUUCUCGAGAGAUUUUCCAAUUCUUCUGCUCUGACAUGAAAAUAGCUUGUGAAAACUUUCUUAGUCGACGGGAUAUAUUUGAAGAUAUGAAGGCAAGGAACUUCGAUUUGGCAAUUUUGGAGCCAGUCUCUGCUUGCGGACUCGGAUUUGUAAAAGCUCUGGGAAUUGAGAAAACAAUUUUAGCGUCAUCGAGUGUAUUUUACGACGUGAUACUUCCGUAUAUUGGAGAGCCACUCGAUUAUAGUUAUGUACCAUCCGGAUAUAGUGUGACAGGACAGGAGUUGUCAUUGGGAGAGAAGUUUGAAAAUUGGAUGGUAUCACGGGAGAUUUCAAUUGCUCUCGAAGGAUUAUUUGAUGGAGAAAUGGAAAUAUAUAGAAGACUUCUAGGACACAAUUUGACUAAUUGGAGACAUUUAUUCCCUUCUGCGUCAAUAUUUUUCGUCAAUUCAAAUCCAUUUUUUGAUUUUCCUAGGCCAGUACUGGAAAAAACGGUUCCAAUAGGAGGAAUAUCUGUAAAUAUGGGAGUACGCAAAGAAGAUAUGCUCACAGAAGAAUGGGAAAAGGUAUUGAACCAAAGACCUCAUACAAUGCUGGUUUCAUUUGGAACACUUGUGAUGUCAACGCAUAUGCCGAAGAAAUGGAGAUCUGGCUUACUGGAAGCUUUCAAAUCCUUUCCAAAUGUGACUUUCAUCUGGAAAUAUGAAUCAGAUGAUCACUCAUUUGCAAAUGGAAUUGACAAUAUAUACUUUUCAAAAUGGGUUCCGCAAAAUGAACUUCUUAAUGAUAACCGAUUAACAGCAUUUCUCAGUCAUGGAGGCCUUGGAUCUAUUAUGGAAUUGGCGUUCAGUGGAAAACCAGCAUUAAUUAUUCCGGUUUUUGCGGAUCAAACUCGAAAUGCUAAUACAUUGGCAAGGCACAGAGGAGCAAUAUGUUUGCAUAAAUCUCAAAUGAAAAACACUGAAGUUUUGAAAAAAGCAUUUAAAAGUGUUUUGUUCGAUGCCUCUUUCAAAAAUAACUCGCUGAAACUGGCAGCAACCUUGAGGAAUCAACCAAACAAACCGAAAGACACCCUUAUUAAAUAUACGGAAUUUGUUGGAGAAUUUGGUCCAUUCCCACAAAUGGAUCCUUAUGGUCGUCAUUUGAAUGUUUUCCAAAAAUCUUUUAUUGAUAUUUAUACACUAAUAAUAGUUGUUUCCUCCAUUUUCGUUGCUCUGAUAUUCAAUGUGAUCGCAAAAUUAAUCCAAUAUUUUAUCAAAUCUAAAAGCUCUGAGAAGAAUGACUGAUUUUAUUUGGUAAUUUUUUUUGUUGAAUUAAUGUAAUUUCAAAUAUUAAUUUCUAUUCGUUGUUGUUUCUUGUUUUAUGUACGAUAAGCUCAAUUGUUUUCAAAAUAAAGUGAACUAUAGGAA